CCGUCCCGGCUGGGGCAGGAAGGGGAAACUGAGGCCCAGAGCUCUCCUCCCACCGGCCAAGCCCAGGUGUGGGGAGGGGAAAUUGAAACAAGCAUCCAGACCCAGCACGAACCCUUCUGGGCUGCAGGGCAUCGUUUACCAAACAGCCCAUUCCACAGAGGAGAAACCGAGGCUCGGAGAGGACACCACCUCUUUCCUGGCUGUGUGACCUUACUCAGCCUCUCCAUAUCCUGGUUUCCUCAUCUAUAAAAUGGGUUUUUAUUUUUCCUGUCGCGGGGUUGUAGGAGGGUCAAAGGAAUACAGCGCCCAGCAGGCAGCCUGCUACACUAUGCUUUACACGUUUGCUGCUGUUUCCUUGGGCCUUGUGAGUGGGGGCGGUUCAUGAAUGGAGCACUUGCCGUGUGCCAGGCUGUGUGCUGUGUGUUAGGGACCAAGCAGGCCCUGUCCCUGCCCUUUGGGGGCUCACGGUCCAGUGAGCGGGUGGGCAGACACAGAGCUGGGCAGUUUCAAUCCAGGCUGAUGAGGACUGACUGUGGACAUACAGGGACCGGGAGGCAUGUAAGCUGGUCAGCUUCCUGGGAGGGAUGCUGUGGGCAGAGGUGGGUGCCAAGCUCCGGGGAGCAGGGCGGGGGGGAGUCAGGGAGGGCUUCCUGGAGGUGGCUUGGUGGGUACCAGGGCCUGGGUGCAGCCAGGCUGCUGUUACUGCAGGGGAAGAAGUUCAUGGGAGACCUACAGCCCGACGGGAGGAUCGUGUGGCAGGAAACGGGACAGGUGUUCAACUCACCCAGCGCCUGGGCCACCCACUGCAAGAAGCUGGUGAACCCGGCCAAGAAGUCCGGCUGUGGCUGGGCCUCUGUCAAGUACAAGGGCCAGAAACUGGACAAAUACAAGGCGGCCUGGCUCCGGCGACACCAGCUGCACAUUCCCACGGCUGCUGCCGAUGAGAGCCCGGCCAGUGAAGGGGAGGAGGAGGAGCUGUUGAUGGAGGAAGAAGAGGAGGAGGUUCUGGCAGGGGUCUCCACUGAGGACAAGAGUCGGAGACUACCUGCCAAGGGACCCUUGGAGCCUGCGCACCCAGAGGCCGUGCCCGCCGGGAAGCGGGUGGAAAACAAGAUCCGGGUGCCUGUGCGGUAUUGCAUGCUGGGCAGUCGAGACUCUGCCAGGAACCCCCACACCCUGGUGGAGGUAACAUCCUUCGCUGCCAUCAACAAGUUCCAGCCGUUCAACGUGGCCAUCUCCAGCAACGUGCUGUUCCUGCUGGACUUCCACAGCCACCUGACUCGAAGCGAGGUCGUGGGGUACCUGGGGGGCCGCUGGGACAUCAACAGCCAGAUGCUCACGGUGCUGAGAGCCUUCCCCUGCCGGAGCCGGCUGGGGGACGCGGAUAUGGCGGCCACCAUGGAAGAGGAGCCUCGCCUGUGCCCCCAGAUCUACCAGAGCCUGCUCCUGCGGGGCCUGUCCCUGGUGGGCUGGUACCACAGCCACCCGCACAGCCCCGCGCUCCCGUCGCUGCAGGACAUCGACUCGCAGAUGGACUACCAGCUGCGGCUGCAGGGCUCCAGCAACGGCUUCCAGCCCUGCCUCGCCCUGCUCUGCGCCCCUUACUACUCUGGCAACCCGGGCCCCGAGUCUAAGAUCUCCCCCUUCUGGGUGAUGCCGCCCCCCGAGUGUGAUUCUCUGACUGCUGGCCCGGGACGCAUCCCCUCGUGGGAUCCGAGGCUGGGCGUGACUGGCUCGUGUCCCUGCCAGCAAAGGCCCAGUGACUACGGCAUCCCCAUGGACGUGGAGAUGGCCUACGUCCAGGACAACUUCCUGACUAAUGACAUCCUUCAUGAGAUGAUGCUGCUGGUGGAAUUCUACAAGGGCGCCCCUGACCUCGUGAGGUUCCAGGAGCCCUGGAGCCAGGAGCACACGUACCUCGACAAGCUGAAGAUCUCCCUGGCCAGCAGGACACCCAAGGACCAGGGCCUGUGCCACGUGCUGGAGCAGGUUUACAGCCUUCUUAAACAAGGGAGCUGAGGCCCCGCCUGCCAUGGCCUGGGGGGGCCUCUUGGUCAGACACUGAUUCCCCCCCCCCCCCCGUGGUUUGGGCUGAGGGGGACUGGGACCAGGGGGGGGUUCUCUUGGGGGCUGUGCCGCUCUGUUCCUGUGCAACUUAGCCGUGCGGUGGUUGGGGCACGGAUAAUAAAAGACAGAAGCAAAUA